AUGGCGCUGUCUCUGGCCGAAAAGUGCCUCCAGAAGGAGUUCCUCCACCUUUCUCGGAACCCCCCAGAGCUGUGCUCCACAGGGCCCAUCACAGAAAACCUGUUCAACUGGCAGGGAAUUAUACUGGGGCCCAGGGACAGCCCCAAUCAGGGAGGAGUCUUCUUCCUUACCAUCCAAUUCCCAUGGGAGUGCCCCUUCAAACCACCCAAGAUCCAAUUUAAAACCCGAAUUUGCCAUCCGAACAUAAACCAUAAUGGGUGCGUCUGUCUGGACAUCCUUAAUGCUGAGUGGUCUUCCGCACACACAGUUUCCAAAGUAUUGCUCUCACUCAGCACCAUUUUAUGUCAUCCCAAUCCACACAAUAUUCUCGGUCCAGAAAUUGGGAAGAUUUACAUAUAUGAUAGGCCAAAGUAUGAGUUCAUGGCUCAAGUAUGGACGAAGACGUAUGUCAUGCAAUUUAACAAUUAA